AUGAGUUCCUUUUCCUCUCUCCCUACAGGUAAUCGCAGUGUCUGGGCUAUCAUUCCUGAGGAGAGGGACAAACAUGACAAGCAGUUUGACACACUCUCCCCCACCCUCGGCUUUGUAUCAGGAGAUCAGGCACGAACGUUCUUCAUCCAGUCUGGCCUGCCCUCGUCUGUGCUCGCCGAAAUAUGGGCUCUGGCAGACAUGAACAAGGAUGGGAAGAUGGACCGGCUGGAGUUCUCCAUUGCCAUGAAGCUGAUAAAGCUGAAGCUGCAGGGCCAAAGCCUUCCCACCGUGCUCCCCAUCAUCAUGAAGCAGCCCCCUGUGCCUGCACCACUGCCCAUGGCAACUUCCUCAGCCCGCUUUGGGAUGGGAUCCAUGCCAAACCUAUCCAUCAUGCCCACCGUGCCUAUCCUGGCGCCCAUGCCCAUGACUACCUCCAUGACGUCGAUGAGCUCGAUGGGCACCAUGGGGCCCCUGAUGCCCACUGGGCUACCCAUGCCCCUCCUGCCAUCCCUCAGCACCCUAACCCAGCCGAACGGGCCGACCACCAUCUUGCAACCCACCCCUGUUGCCAUAACCUCUACUCUCCCUCUGUCCAACUCCUUCUCUUCCUCGACUCUUGGGUUUGGAGGAACAAGCAUGACCAAAACUCAGUCCCUGCUGGACCUUGGGUCAAGCAGUUCCAACUCUUCCUCCACCACCUCCCUGGCCAGCAACUCUCCAAAAGUGGGCUCCUCGGACUGGACAGUGCCGCAGUCUUCCCGGCUGAAAUACCGACAGCAGUUCAAUGGGCUUGAUAAAAACAUGACCGGGUACCUCUCAGGUUCUCAGGUGAAGAAUGCUCUGGUUACAACAAACCUGACUCAGACACAGCUGGCUACCAUAUGGAGCCUGGCGGACGUGGACAAAGACGGGCAGCUGAAGGCAGAUGAAUUCAUCCUGGCCAUGCACCUGGUGGACAUGGCCAAAACCGGCCAGCCACUACCCUUGACGUUACCUGCUGACCUGGUGCCCCCCUCUCUCAGAGGUGGGAAGUCUGGUGAUUCUGUGAAUGGUACAGUGCCACCCCUCUUUGUUGGAAUCCCAGAGGAACUGGAAGCAGAGCCCCCACAGAAGACCAAGUCCAAUGUAUCGUUUGAGGACAAGCUGAAGGAAAACUUUCAGCGAGGGAAUGCUGAACUGGAGAAGCGUCGGCAGGUUCUCCAGGAACAGCAGCGCAGGGAGGAGGAGCGGCGCAUGCAGAAAGCUCGGGAGGAACAGGAGCGGAGAGACAGGGAGGCCCAUGAGCAGGAGAUGAAGAGGAAGGCAGAGGAGGCGCGGAGGUUGGAGCGUCAGCGUGAGAUGGAGAGGCAAAAGGAGGAGGAGCGACUGAAGGAGCUGGAGAGAAAAGAGGCAACCAAGUUGGAGCUGGAGAGGCAGAGGAAACUGGAGUGGGAGCAGAGAAAAAGGCAGGAGCUGCUGAAGCAGAAGAGCCAGGAGCAGGAGGAGAUCACCCAGCUGAAAGCCAAAAAGAAGAGCCUGGAGCUAGAGCUGGAGGCUGUGGGAGACAAGCACAAGCAGAUCUCGGACAGGCUCCGAGAUGCCCAGAGCAAGAGGAAGGUCCAGAAGAGUGAACUGGAUCUGGUCAAUCAGAGCCGGGACAUUCGCAUCCUGGAAAUCAACAGCCUGCAGAAGCAGUUUGAGGAUACUCAGAAGCAGCUGUCUCAGUUGGUCCCUGAGCAACAGAGGCUUAGCGAGAGACUACGUAAUCUGAGUCUGAACAAUUUACCCUCCAUGACGCAUAACUCUGUGAAGAACAACACCUCAGAGAAGGAGCUGACCUGCAGGAAACUGAAGGAGCAGCUGGACGCUCUUGAAAAGGAGACAUCGGCCAAGCUCUUGGAGAUGGAUCAGUACCACAAGGACCUGAAGGAGCUCAGGGAGAGUCAGAGCAAACAGCAGGCCACCCUCAAUAAGCUCAGCAAGGUCAAAGAGGAGAAAUUUCAGGAGAUCCACCGGCGAAGGGAGGAGGAGCUGGAGAGGAAGAGGAAGGAGGAAGAGGAAGCUGUCAGGAAAGCCAAGCUGGAGAAGGAACGUCAAUGGAAGGAGAAGUUAAAGAAGGAUGAGGAAGAGCGCCAGAGAAGGCAGCAGGAGGAACGUGAGGCCAAGCAGAGAGAGGAGGAGGCACGAGAGGCCCAGGCACGCCUCCAGGCUGCCCUGGCACAGGCAGAGCAGGAGCGCAGAUUGGCGGAAGAGGAACAACAAAGGAAGGAGGAGGCAAGGCGUAGAGAAGAGGAGAGGAGGAGGGAGGAAGAAAGGAGGGCAGAGGAGCGGAGGAAGCAGGAGGAGAAGAGGCUGGCAGAGGAGAGGCAGCAGGAGGAGCGUAGGAAGGCAGAGGAGGAAAGGAGGAGGCUAGAGCUAGAGAGGAAGAAGCUAGAAGAGGAGAGGAAAAAGCUAGAAGAGGAGCGGCGGCGGGAGGAGCAGAGGAGGCAAGAGAGAGAGGAGGAGGAGAGGCGGAGGCAACGUGCGCAGGAGGCCGCCAUUCGUGACGCUGAAGAGCGGAAGAGACAGGAGGAGAGAAAGAAACGGGAGGAGGACAGGCGAAGACAGGAGGAAGAGAGAAAGAAAAGGGAUGAGGAAAGGCGGAGACAGGAAGAGGAGAAGCGGCGAUCUCAGGAAGAGGAAAGGAGGACACUGGAAGAAGAGAGAAGACACCAAGAAGAGAUUAGGAAACGGGAGGAGGAAAGGGAGAGACAGGAGCAGAACAGGAAACAAGAAGAGGAGAGGAAGAGAAAGCAGCAGGGAGAGGAAGCUGCCAGGCAGCAGAAUGUUCAAAAACAACAGCAGCAAACCAGUGCCAAAGUAGAAAUUCAUGAAAAGCUCUCUGCCAUUUUCAAUCGCCUAGAGGAUCGAAAAGCCGGUCUGCGACCCGUCACAUUGGCGCACAGGAAGUCUGCAGCUCUGACCACCUACAGAGCUCUCUACCCUUUUGUAGCCAGAAACACUGAUGAGCUAACCUUCGAGGCUGACGACCUGAUAGAGGUGGAUGAGAUGACUGAGGGAGAGCCAGGAUGGCUGUAUGGAAGUCGUCAUGGAAAGAUGGGCUGGUUCCCUGCGAGCUAUGUGGAGCAACAGGCCAAACCAGAAACCUCACCUAACAUCAAACCUCCGACAGUGCCAGCCACAGAGUCCUCCAGUAAAUUGGAAACAGGGGGAAGUGACACCCCCACAAGGCAUAGUGUCCCCAGCAGUGUGGGACAGAAUUCUGCCUUCACCCCCACCCCCACCCCAGCCACCGCAGAGCAUGGACAGGUUGUGGGGAACGUCCGGGCCCAAGCACUGUGCUCCUGGACGGCCAAGACAGACAGUCACCUAAAUUUCUCCAAGGAUGACAUUGUCACGGUGCUGGAGCAGCAGGAAAACUGGUGGCUGGGGGAACUCAACGGAGUUCAGGGCUGGUUCCCCAAAACUUACGUAACACUGAUAACCGGAAGUGAUUCCAGUGCAGAGCCGUUGUAUUCCAGUGUAGAUGGAUUGGACACAGCAGAGACUCGCCUGCAAGAAGAGUAUGUGGCCCUGUACACCUAUAACAGCCCGGAGCCUGGUGACCUGACCUUCAAUGAGGGGGAUACCAUCCUGGUGGCGGAGAGAGUGGGAGAGUGGUGGAGGGGCAGUAUUGGGGAGAGGAGCGGACUCUUCCCCUCCAACUAUGUCAAGCCAAAGGAGGCUGAUGCCUCCAGCAAUACUGGCCAGGUUGGAACUCUCAGCAAAAAGCCCGAGAUUGCCCAGGUCACUGCUGCCUACACCGCCAAGGAUGCCGAUAAGCUCAGCCUCAGUCCUGGACAGGUCAUUCUCAUUAUCGCCAAGGACCCCACUGGCUGGUGGCAGGGGGAACUGCAGGUGAGGGGUAAAAGGCGUCAGAAGGGAUGGUUCCCAGCCUCUCACGUCAAAGUCUUAGGCGCCAACAGUGGAAAGUCAACACCAGCAUCUAUCCCGAUCUGCCAAGUCAUUGCCAUGUACGACUACAAGGCAGCCACUGAAGAAGAGAUGAGCUUCUCCAAGGGUCAGCUGAUUAAUGUGCUGGAGAAGGAUGAUGCUGAUUGGUGGAAAGGAGAGCUCAAUGGUGUGACUGGACUAUUCCCCACCAACUACAUCAAGAUGACCACAGAGUCUGACCCAAGCCAGCAGUGGUGUGCUGACCUAUUGAGCCUGGACACCAUGAGUCCACUGGAGCGGAAGAGGCAGGGCUACAUCCACGAGCUGAUCGAGACAGAGGAGCGCUACAUGGAAGACCUGCAGCUGGUAUUGGAGGUGUUUUAUAAACCCAUGGCUGAGUCGGGUCGUCUGACCGAGGUCGAGCUAAAUAUGAUAUUUGUGAACUGGAAGGAGCUCAUUACCACCAACAUCAAACUGCACAAAGCCCUGCGGGUGAGGAAGAAGACUGGUGGUGAGAAAAUGCCUGUGCAGAUGAUUGGAGAUAUCCUGGCCUCUGAGCUCUCCCACAUGCAGGCAUACAUCCGCUUCUGUAGCUGCCAGCUCAAUGGCGCCGCCCUGCUACAGUUCAAGACCGACCAGGAGCCAGACUUCAAGGACUUUCUCAAGAAAAUUGCCACAGAUCACCGAUGCAAAGGCAUGCCGCUGUCCAGCUUCCUGCUCAAACCCAUGCAAAGGAUCACCCGCUACCCUCUCCUCAUCAAGAAUAUCCUGGAGUGCACCCCCGAGACAAACAUAGACAAUAGACAGCUGAGGGAGGCCCUGGAGAGUGCCGAAGAGCUCUGCUCGCAGGUCAAUGAGGGUGUGCGAGAAAAGGAGAAUUCAGACCGACUGGAGUGGAUCCAGGCUCACAUGCAAUGUGAGGGCGUGAUCGAGCAUCUCAUUUUCAACUCCCUGACCAACUGCCUUGGUCCUCGUAAGCUGCUUCACAGUGGGAGGUUGUACAAGACCAAGAGUAACAAGGAGCUGUAUGCCUUCCUGUUCAACGACUUCCUGCUGCUCACCCACACUGUCAAGCAAUUCUCCUCGUCAGGGAGCGACAAACUCUUCAGCCCCAAGUCCAACUCACAGUUCAAGGUGUACAAGACACCUGUGUUCCUGAACGAGGUCCUCGUCAAGAUGCCCUCUGACCCCUCAAGCGAUGAGCCUGUCUUUCACAUCUCUCACAUUGACCGUGUUUACACCCUCAAGACAGAAAACAUCAACGAGAGGACGGCCUGGGUCCAGAAGAUCAAAACCGCGUCUGAGCACUUCAUCGACACAGAGAAGAAGAAGCGAGAAAAAGCAUAUCAAGCACGCUCUCUGAAGGCCAGUGGAAUUGGGCGCCUCCUGGUCACUAUAUUGGAAGCCACAGAACUGAAGUCCUCCAAACCCAAUGGGAAAAGUAACCCGUACUGUGAGGUGACCAUGGGCGCACAGUGCUACACCUCCCGUACUCUCAACGACACGCUCAACCCCAAGUGGAACUUCAACUGCCAGUUCUUCAUAAAGGACAUAUACCAGGAUGUCCUGUGCAUCACCGUUUUUGAGAGGGAUCAGUACUCUCCUGAUGACUUUUUGGGUCGCACAGAGGUUCCCGUGGCGACCAUCAAAAAGGAGCUGGAGAACAAGGGCCCUGCGAACCGGCGGCUGCUUCUGCAUGAAGUUCCAACAGGGGAGGUUUGGGUGCGGCUAGACCUGCAGCUGUAUGAUCAGAAAACGCACAAGUGAGGAACUGCAGUGUCCACACGUCCAUCUCCUGCCUGCUGAAAAUGUGGCUUCCCAAGGGUUACCCCCCCUCCCCCCACCAUGCCCUGGAAAUCCAUCAAAUACUGUGGAGCAUAUCAUUAGCUGACAAUGCUGCCAAACUGGUCCAAUCAUGGGAGGACUGCGCACUAGUGAUUGUUCUUCAUUGCUUCCGUCUCCAACCCAGCUACUGUGAUGAUGCCAACUGCUGUUGUAUAUGGUGGCCAUACAGUAAUAGAAAGGGUAUACUGUAUAUUUUGGAAACCAUCAUUAUUUAAUGAUUUUCUUAUCCAUACAUUUUGAGAAGAUUCUUGAAUGUUGUAAUGUACACCUGAAAGAGACUAGAGGACAUCAAAUUCUUUAACCACAAUUGUUGUUUAUCACUGGAUAUGGGAAUAGCUCAGGAUCCCUCAGCCAAUCCCCUCCCCUCCCCAUGCACGCACGCACGUACACACGCGUAUGCAUAUACAUAUACAUACACAUAAACUCGGGCUGUUUUCCUCCUUCGUUUGAAAUCAACAUCUCCUUCUUUUAUUGUGAUCUGCACUGCCUAAUUUUCCAAAUAGUAUGAAUCUUUUUCCAAUCUUUUAUUGCAUAAGUGACAUAGAACUUUAAUGCGUGCAUGCAUGAAUGUAUGUACUUUUGGGUUGUUUUCAACAUGUUUUGACUGUGCUGCCCACUGAUUUAUUGUGUACUUAAAGCUAAUACCAACAAAGUCUUUUGGCUGCUUUCUCUUGAGAAAAGAAAGUCUGAUUUUUCAAGAUAAAUUAUGAUAAACUGAAGACAAAAAAUGGUUCACAGUGACUCGAUAUGUUUCAUCAAUAUUAAACUGUCUUCAUGCUUCGAGGCAGAAUUUUAUUUAUUUUAAUUUAUAUUUUGGUGUAUGUGUGGUCUGUGUAAUACUAAGAAAUAGAAUAUUUGAUUCCUGGACUUAAAUUGUAAGUAAUAUAAUCGCAACAUUUUGUUCACAAAUACAAAUUAUGAAUAACUGAAUGUUGGCCAAAUUUACUGUUUCCAUUUAUAUAUAAUGUAGUUGCAAGCAAUUAGAACCGCAGUUCUGUUGUACCAAAAUUGCAAUUUCCCUGAAUUAAAAUAAUAAAGAAGUGUUACGUUUU